UGGCGGCUGCGGUGUGGCCAGUCGGCCCCAAGAUGCCCCUCCGGAACCAGCCUCCCGCGCUUCGCCGCGCCGCUAUGUCCACCAUCGCCAGUCACUUCGAGCUGCUGUGCUACGGUGUGCGCAACAGCAAGGAAAUGUCCGAGCUCAUCCAGUCCGACGCCUACCUCGACAUCGACGGACCCUUCCAGCACUUCCCGCCGGAGCUGCUGGAGGACCUGUUGGCCGCCAUAGCGGAGGAGCACGUCCUGCACCGCAAGCACCUGCACAUGCUCGUCACGCCGGCCAUCACCAGCCUCGACCUGUCGCUCGGCACCGGCGACACGCUCUCCGGCUUCCGCUUCAUGCUCCAGCGCUGCAAGAACCUGAAGAAGCUGAACAUCUCCUACCUGCGGCACAUGACGCCGAACAUCCUGCUGGGACUCAUGCCCUGCUUCAACUCCCUGGUUAGCCUCAAUCUCAGCAUGACCAUGGCCACUGACCAGAUGCUGGAGCAGAUCGGGCUGCAGUGCCCGCUGCUGGUGGAGCUGCAGCUGGUGUCGACGCCGAUGACGGACCGCGGGCUGGUGCGGCUGUGCGUGGGGUCGGACGGCACGCGCCUCUGCCAGCGCCUGGCCCGGCUCGCCGUCGCUGACACCAGCGUCACGGUCUGCGGCGCCGCAGUUGCCCUGCAGUCGCUGCCCUGCCUCUCAGAGUUCGACUUCGACAACAUCUUCGAAACGCUGGAGCUGCUGGAGACGUGGGACCACGAGCUGGAGCACCGCCUGCUGUCGGGGCUGGGCAUCCGCCUGUCGGAGGAGGGCAGCCCGCGGCCGGAGCGGCUUCGCCUCAGCACGCUGCUGUCGGCAACGGAGCGCGCGCAGGAGCACCAGCUGGACUCUGCGACGCGCCUCUGCCCCGACACCAAGACCGUCGCGCUCUCCAACGCCUGGCUGCCCUCCGAGGCCCUCUACAAGUUCAUGCUCUUCGAGAACCUGUGCGCCCUCUCACUCACCAACUGUGAUGGACUCACGCUCGACUUCGAAGCAGGCGUCCUACCACUGCUGUGUGUCAUAGGCGGAAACCUGCAGAAUCUUAUUCUCUCCAAUUUCACCUUCAUUGAUAUCCUGGCAAUUGGACGAGCAUGCCCACAACUCUUAAAUCUGGCCCUCUCAAAUGUCGCAGAAUAUGAGGACAUUGGAACUCCCAGUCCUGAAUGUUUCAAUCAGCUGCAGGCUCUUGAGCUCUGGUCAGACCCACAGGCUGACUUGGGACCUAACCUGUUCAGGCAACUCUUGCUCUUCAGCCCUUCAUUACGUAACAUACUGUUCAAGGGAUGUGAGAACCUUACUGACAAAUUGCUGAAUGAGAUUUUACAGAUCAAUCCAAUGAAGAAUAUUUCACAUGUAACUCUGGACCACUGUCAUGGGCUUACAAACCAAAGUCUCCAUUAUCUUCUUGACUUGGACAAUGAACUAGCUGUUAUCAGGAUAUGGUGCUGCCAGGGGAUCAACAAACAUCAUAAUAAUGAACUCAUGCGCAGAAUCUGUGAUGAAAAUAUGGAUGUGUAUCUUGAAUGGUUCCAAUAUGAUGAAUAAAUAGUUCCUAUUUAAUUUUUAACAAAAAUAAGUUAGCUUAAAUGCCUGCACAUUUUAACAAAUGCGUAACUACAAGCAACAAGUUUUAACACUAUGUGCCAAGUUAUCACAGUCUCUCACACAGUAUGAAAUUUGAUCCAAAUGAACAGCGAGUUGGAAUGGCACACAAAGAGAAAGAGGAAUAAAUGUCAGUAUUUUCUUUGUUUUGAGCUGUGUAAAAAAAUAUGCAGUGAAAAAGAUGUAUAUAAAUUGUUUUGAUUCACAUUUAAACAUAAACACAGUUUAUAUUAACCCACUAUUAAUUUAUUCAUACUAUUGGUGAAACAGUUUGGAUUAACAAUACUACUGUGGUCAGUUUCAGGGCACUUAUUUCAUACCGAUUAGGUAUUCGAACACUUCUACUGACAACAAUAAUUCAUAAAGGUAGUAAUGCUUCAUUUUCUUUAGAAAAUCUGUGAUUUUGAAAAAGAGUCUAUUAUCUCCCCAACAAUUAUUUACAGCAUAAAGUACUAUGACUUUUGUUAUUUGAAUCAAUGUUUUCUCAAAUUAACACACAAUAGCAAAUGACAAAAAAAUGAAAAUAAGAAUAUUAUGAAGUACAAGCUGACACACUGGCUUCAGCUGCAAAAUUGCUAAACUUAUAUUUCCAGCAUAGCAGUUAAACAUACUGAAUACUAUGGCUCUUAGGGGUAUUGCACACUGCUUUAAUUAUGUGUUCCCUUAAAGUGUAGGUCUGCAGUGUCUUGCUGAAAGUCUGUGAAAUUUCAUUAGAUAUGGAUUAGUCCAUAAAAUGAUUUAGGUGUCACAUGAGAUCUUCUAUAUUUCAAUAAAAGUUUAUUGUGUCUAAUUGAAGUUCAGCCUAAUUACACAUUCCUUUGAGACAACAGAUCUUGAGUCUUAUCAGAGCAGGUGCACCACAAAACUGGCAUGAAUUAUUCCUUUGUAAAACAAAACCAAUUCACAUAUCCACCCAACACAGAUUAUUCAAUGAACAGCUAAUAAUCCUGCUAGAAUUCUGUCACCCAAAUUCACUGGUCAAACCAGCUGCAAAUCUAAACACAAUUCACAAUGUCACUGACAUUAAAUAUCUCCAUACUUCUAUAUGGUUGAUUAAAGUGGGCAAUUUGCCCCUCAGGUCACUGUUCAUCAUGUGGUAGCUACCAUACAAAACACAACUGCCACAACAAACUGCUGACCCUUCUUACCACACAACUGGUCACCACCCCGCUCUCAUGCUAACUGCCCCCACUGACCACAACUACCUGCACUCAUGGCUUCCUGUCCUCCCAUAGACUCUCCCUAGACCCGACAUCACAUAUCAACAUCCGCCCCAUUAGCUGAAUGGUCAACGCAUUGGAUUGCCAUGCUCGGGGCCCCGGGUUCGAUUCCUGGCUGGGGAGGGAGAUUUUCUCCCCUCAGGGACUGGGUGUUGUGCUGUCCUCAUCAUCAUUUCAUCCCCAAUGUCAAUGCGCAGGUUGCCCAAUGUGGUGUCACACUCAAUAAGACCUGCACUUGGCAGUCGAACUUCCCGUCUGGGAACUCCCGGUCACUGACGCCAUACACUCAUUUCCACUUUUUUUGCAUCUCACAAGUACAGCAUAAAUUAUUUAAAUUGUUAAUCAUUCAUUAAUAUAGUCUACACAUGCAUGCUAAUGCAACAAAACAAUUAAUACUAAGUGGAUGACUCCAGGAUGAUUGGUAACCAAGUUACAUGCUAUUAACUAUUUGUUCUGAAAUUGCAUAAUUUAUAAAACAAAUUAAAUGUGCAUACAAGACAAAAUAUUCAUAAGUGUUCAGUGUUGUUCUGAAAGGAAAUUGUCUUCUAUUUCUCAUCUUGUAUUCGGAUUUGAGUUAUUUACCAUCAUUUUCUCCUAAUUUGUAUAUUUAACUGUAUCAUAAUUAAUCAACAACUUAUCCACUUAAAUAUGAAUCAGCUGCAUCUUCUGAUUUUGAUUUAUAUUGUUAUUGUGGUCUUAGAAUGGCAUGUUGCCAAGUGUCAAUCUGUACCUUACCCCUAAGUGGCAAUAAGAUAAUUAAUUCUAUUAUUCUACCACCUCACACUAUGGUAUCUGUGUCAGGUAUUGCAUGUAAGUGCUGUGCAGCUAAACAGAUUGCUCUUAACAGAAGCUAAUCACCGACUUCUGGUUUGUCACAAUCUGAUUAAUAUUAAUAAAGAUAUAACUUUUAAUAGA